AUGGCGCGCCGGGUCCGCGGGGCGGAGAAGGGAACCCCGCUCGGGGAGGGGGGCAAGAGAAGAGGGAGGGGCAGACGGAGAAGAAGGGGCGGACUCCGAGCGGCAGCGACGCAAGAUGGCGGCGACCACGGGCUCGGGAGUGAAAGUCCCUCGAAAUUUCCGACUGUUGGAAGAACUUGAAGAAGGUCAGAAAGGAGUGGGAGAUGGGACAGUUAGCUGGGGUCUUGAAGAUGAUGAAGAUAUGACGCUUACAAGAUGGACAGGAAUGAUUAUUGGGCCUCCAAGAACAAUUUAUGAAAACCGAAUAUACAGCCUUAAAAUAGAGUGUGGACCUAAAUAUCCAGAAGCCCCCCCAUUUGUAAGAUUUGUAACAAAAAUUAAUAUGAAUGGAGUAAAUAGUUCUAAUGGAGUGGUGGAUCCAAGAGUCAUAUCCGUGCUAGCAAAAUGGCAGAAUUCAUAUAGCAUCAAAGUGAUUCUGCAAGAGCUUCGACGUCUAUUGAUGUCUAAAGAAAAUAUGAAGCUUCCUCAGCCGCCUGAAGGACAAUGUUACAGCAAUUAAUCAAAAAAAAAAUCUUCCCCCUUUAUUCAGUUUUAAGCUGUCUUCAUUUUCCACAGUAGUAAAUUUUCUAGAUGCAUCUUGUAGACCUCAAAGUACUGGAAAGGAAGUUCCCAUUCAAAGGCGAUUUAUCUUAAGAUACUGUAAAUGAUACUAAUUUUUUCAUUUGAAAUAUAAGUUGUGCUAUAACAAAUAAUCUUGUCAUGUGUAACCACUGUCCACUUAGUUGAACUUCUGGUAUCAAGAAAGUCUAUUUAAAUUUAUUACUGUCAUAACCAGUGUGGCACAUCUAACUCAACUGUGAAAAAAUAUAUCACACAAUCACCUUGCUGCUUAUAUGGCCAAGGAUUCCACCACCCUACCCCUGUCCCUACCCCUUUGCAAUAGCAUUCCAGCAUUGAGCCAUUUAUUAAAAUAGACACAAAGGUUUUAACUUCCAGUAUGACACAGGAAGCUUAAUGGACUACUACUGAGGGUGUGUCACCCCUCCCUUUGUGCUGUCUCUAAUAAAGGCUAACAAUGCUGGUGACUUUAUUUUUAUUAUUAAAUUCUUUCCAUUUUAAAUGGUGCCCCAGCAAGCCAUUUUACUUCCCCACAACCUUUGGCCAAUGCAUAGAUUGUAUCCCUCUUCCACCCACUCAUCCACCCUCUCUUACAUGGGCCUUUGGUGAGGGAUUCAGGGUUCUUACAGUGUCUUCUCUUCCCCCACCUUCAUCACGGGGUGCUGCUCUUCCCUCCUUCCUAAAAUCAGUCUCCCCAUUUCAGUGAUACUUCCUUGCUUCUGGCCAGUAGCCAACCCAGGUAGGGUUGGAAGAAAUCCCUGACUCCCUUUGCUUCUCAUUUUUGGAACUACAUUUAAUCAUCACCAGCCUGGGAAAUGAAUAUCUAAACUGUUUGCAAACCUGGAUCACCCCUUCCACCAAGCCUGCCAUGCGAGGAUGCUGGCAGCGGGCAGUGUUUUUAGCUCAGCUUUUGAUACAGUGACAAGAGCAGUAAUUUCCCAGGAUUGCUCAGAUCUGCCAGCUUAGCAAAGGUUUUAGCAGUUAAAAGGAAGGGCUGCCUGAAGAUUCCCUAAGCACACACUCCAGUUGAAAGAAUUGGACUUGUCCUUGAAAAUCGAAGAGAUGUGACUUGACAAGCAUUGCAUUCACUUGGUUGCUCUUUACCAUAGCUUAAUAACAGGUUUGGAAUUCAAUGGCGGGAACAGAACCUUCAGUUUGAAUUUGGUACAGAUUUAGGUUUUGGCACAUCCUCCUUUCAAGCUCUUCAACAAAGAUUGAAAGGGGAAAAACCUGGGUGCAUUGCAGAUCCCAGAAUUGGGCUGGCAGAACUCCCUGGCAAAUCACUGCCUUUUCUGAUUCACUGUCUUGGACCACUAGCUGCUGCAAUGUGGAUACAAGCUUAAAUAAAAACAAUUUAUUGUGUCCUGAGGGUUUUUUUUAAAAUUCAGUAUUUAUGUAAAUCCACAUUUUAAAGCAGCAGCUGUCAAGUCAGAAAAAAGAAUUGUUUCCAUUAAAACUUUUGGGGAAAAUAUUCGUUGUAAGGAUUUCAUAUCCUCUGUAAUUAAAGUUUAACAUAACAGUAUUCCAUAAGCAGCCUUUUUAUUGUCAGACCAUUGCCUGGUUUUAAUAUAAUAAAGUGUGCGUUAAUAUUAAGAGGCUGCAGUCUUAUUCCUGUUAGCUUAUUGAUUUAGGAGCAGAACUGCUCUGAGCUGUGGCCUUUAAUGUCCUGGAUGCUAGAAAGAGAGCCUUCUGUGCCUAGCUAGUUCAUAACCUCUUUUGUCAUGUGUUCAGUUAAUGUAGGUUUUUCAAAGAAGUUCUCUCUAACCACUGUUUUUUCUGCCCUGAUAAAACUUACGGUCAAACAAAACAAACACUAGGAUAGUGGGGAAGGAUCCUUUCUCCCUUGUCUCAGCAACUCUGUUACUGUUAGGGUUUUGUUUUUUUUGUUUUUUUUGUUUUUUGUGAUAUCAUGCAUUUUUUUCUGUUUCAAGUUGCUAAUCACACCUUCCUCCAAAAAGUUGUUCAUCUCUUGCUGAAAGUAAUUGAUAGCUUUGCUCAUUUAAGCUCCAGAGGUGUUUAUCUUGUUGAAUUUUAAUUGUUUGAAAUGAAACAGUUUUGAUUUUGAAGAACUGAGAAUUUGGGUGACCAAAUAAAGUUUCCUUGAAUAGUUGAGUGAGGUAAUGGGUAGUCAAGAAGUUACUGAGAAUGUACAGACCCGUACCCUUGUUACUAUCAGGGGAGACUAUCAUUGCUGUGUUUGGAAGGUAUUCCCCCAUCCUGUUCCAAGUGUUUCUUUGGUUUGUUAGCUUUCCAAAGAUUAGAGCGGUCCCACUGAGUGCCUUCCUCCACGAAGGAGGCUCAUGGGCCACCCUCAGCCAUGCAGUACCUAUCUUUAGACUGAGCAGAGAAAUGACUACUGGAGAAAGGAGGGGGAAUGGGAUUCCUAAACAAGUCUCCACAGGAAGAAUGGCUUGAAUUUCUGCAAAAUAACCCUUAUUUGGGGCCAUCGAUGUGAGUUGCUUUUAAGAUAGAGCUAAUGGUAACACCACAAAAACUGUUGGAUUCUAGCAUUUCCAAAUGAAAUAAAAUGUGGCUUCAGCUACUUUUUUAAGGCUUAGAAUUCUUUCUCUUGGUACUUUGCUCAACCUUAGUAUAGGGACACUGAUACCUCCUCUUCUUUCUUUUGUAUGCAGCCCGAGCCAGCUAGAUGAAAAGAGAAGACAGAUCAACCCUUGGAAACAAAUUUUAUUAUCAGCACAGUUUGAAAGGUUUAGCUGUCGGAAAAACAGACUUAAGUACAGGACAGAAGAGGUGAUGAACUUCAUUCUUAUAGUCCAUGAUAUCCAAAAGCAGAGGCCAACAAUCCAUAUUUUAAUAUCCUGUAGUACAUACCUCUUAGCUUCUUCCUGGUAGGAUUUACCCAACCCAACUGUUACUAGUAUUUCUGAAAAUGUCUUCAAUGAAGCCCCCAUUUAGACCUAAAACGUGAUUGGUUUGAUUUCCCUGCCCCUGCCUUCCCCCCUUUUAGGGAGAGGAUUGGAGGCAAGCAGUGCUCUGCUUACUGGUGAACUUUCUAGACUGAUGUACUUUGUGGGCAGGAUCAAGAAGAUUUGUGAAGGCCUAAGCCUAGCAUUAGAAUAGAAGUGUUAUUUCACCCUUCCAAGCAUCAAAGAAAGCCUUCUGUGCCUGGCAAUGUCAUAGCCUUCUUUGUCACAUAUUUGUUUAUUAGGGUCCUCUCUGACCCCUGUAUUUUCUAUCUUUACUCAUGCAAAGAGGUUGCCAUGUAAAAUGUCACUGUAUUUGAAUCAAAUGGGAUGCAAAAGUGACUUGGAAAAUAUAAUUGCUGGGGAUUUUGAGGGUGGGAGAAACCUUAGAAAAUUGAUUCCCUUUGGUUGCUAGAUCUGCUUUCAAUCUGUUACCGUAUUGGUCCAGGUAUAGGCUACACUCUUAAAUUGACAUCUCUUUGAAAGGAAAAAAAAAAGGAUGUCUACACUGAAAAAAUAAUACUAAAGUUCCUUAUAAAAAUACAUUUACUGUGAAAGACUUUUUGAAAACAUUUCUUUCAAUUCAAAUAAAGGUUUUUUUAAUUCACUUUAUCAUCACUGCUUUGUCACUCACUGUCAUUCUCUUCCUACUUUCUAUGAUGUGUAACUUUAGGUGGCAUUAAGGUUUCUAUAAACCAAAUUUUUUAGUGGGGUAAGGGGCAAUGGAGGAAGGGCGGAGUUAAGCCAAUAUUGGUACCAAUACGGUAAAUUUGCAUUUGUAAAAUCAGGAAAUAAGACAUGAGCAUUGUGUUAGAGCUGCCCUGUGACCUUUGCUGCAUUCCUGAAAAUGAGUGAGGGCAGGUCUGUAGGAUUUUCAAAGCAAUAUCUGUAUGGAUUGUUUCUGAGGCUUUAGACCUAUGGGUUGAUUGGUGUAUGUGCCACCUCAGGCAAGGUUUAGUGUUGUCUAGCAUUGUGAAUGGUAUAAAAAUAAACAGUUAUGCUAUUUUUUCAUUGCCCUA